AUCGGUUGAACUGAUUUGAAGAACCGGUUCAACAGCGCGAGUCGGGCUGUGAGUCGAGCAUAGCUGCUAGUGAGCUAAAUACCUGCUCAGCUCAGUCAUGAGAAGGGAAUAUUUUUCAGGGCGAAACGGCGUUAGGACAAGCGGACAUACAGACAGGAGUCAGAGCCGCUGUUUGUGUACAGUGGAAUAACACCACCUGAUUGUUUGCGACCUCAUCGUAGCUACCAUAAUCUAAACGGGGUUAUUUGAAGCUAGUUAGGUAGCCAGUAGCCAGUUAGCUAGCAUAAUUGGCUAGCGGACUGUGUCCGGGUAGGUCUGCUAGCUGCGGUCCGUCCGCGGCCGCUUCAGCUUCAGGUAACGAGGCUCCUCCGCUCGUCGGUUGGCAACCUGGGUGUUGGAGGUGACAGCGGGUCGGCUAAGCUGGCGAGGUAGCAGCUAAUGAUGAAUCGCUUCCGAAAGUGGCUGUAUAAGCCAAAGAGGUCGGACCCCCAGCUACUGGCCCAGUUUUACUAUGCAGAUGAGGAGCUGAACCAGGUCGCCUCGGAGUUGGACAGUCUAGAUGGCAGGAAGGACCCUCAGAGGUGCACGCUGCUGGUCAACCAGUUUCGCUCCUGCCAGGACAAUGUGCUGAAUAUCAUAAACCAGAUCAUGGAUGAGUGUAUACCAGAAGAUCGAGCGAACAGAGACUUCUGUGUGAAAUUUCCAGAGGAGAUCCGCCAUGACAAUCUUGCGGGACAGUUGUGGUUUGGGGCAGAGUGCCUGGCAGCGGGUUCAAUCAUCAUGAACCGGGAGAUCGAGAGCAUGGCAAUGCGCCCACUGGCCAAAGACCUGACGCGCAGUCUGGAAGAAGUGCGCAACAUCACACGUGACCAAGCGCUGCGGGACCUCAACUUCUACACAGAGCGAAUGAGGGAGGCACUACGCCAAUUUGACAGCCUUUUUGCUGAGUUUGAGCUCAGUUAUGUGUCAGCCAUGGUGCCUGUGAAGUCUCCUAAAGAGUACUACAUUCAGCAAGAGGUGAUCGUGCUCUUCUGUGAAACCGUGGAGAGGGCCCUAAAGCUUGGCUAUCUCACUCAAGAUAUGAUUGAUGACUAUGAGCCUGCUCUCAUGUUUACAAUCCCUCGACUCGCCAUUGUAUGUGGACUUGUGGUGUAUCCCGAGGGGCCCCUUAACCUCGAAAACAAACCAGAGGACAUGUCUGAACUCUUCCGCCCUUUUCGCACUUUACUGAAGAAAAUAAGGGACCUGCUGCAGACUCUAACUGAAGAUGAGCUGAUUACUCUGGAGCGGAGUCUGUGCAUCUCCCAGGAUGGUGAAUUCCCUGUAGGGCCAGAGGUCUCGUCCACCCCAGAGCCAGCCACUUCCACCAGCACCACCGAGAGCCAGCCAGAGGAACUACAGAAGAAAGAGGAACAGAAAGAACCUGAGAAAGAGUCAGACCUUGUUCUGUGCAACUCCCUCCGUGAGGAGGAGGACGAUAUGUGGGAGGAUAGUGAGGGACAGCAGGACGUCCCGAGCGAGGGAGAAGAAGAUGCCGAGGCAGACCUGGCGUGCUCUAUGCAGUACGAUGAAGAAGAGAUUGAGCAGCUCAAUAUAAUGGUCCACCGCGUAGGUGACCAGAUGUCCACUCUGCUUUCACCUCCAAGCCAGAGGCAGUCUCCGGCUCGCCAGCCGCGGACAUACCGGCCCAGCAUGGGCGGGUCCAGCUCAUCCUCCAGUACUGAGAAUUCCCCUCACCGAGCUCCUGGCUCUUUCCAGGGGGAAGAGGAGCGUGUUUUUUUCAUGGACGACCUAGAAGCUGUAGGCAGUGGAGGAGACGUUGUGACCAGUAUUGGUGAGAUCCGCCAGCCCACUGGACAGCGGGCCACGCCUACUGUGCACAUUAAGACUACCCCUUCGACUGACUCCACCUGUAAUGGUUUGAUGAAUGCCUGUCAGUCAAAUGAGCUGGUAAAUGAGAGCAGCCAGCAGAAAUUAUUUUCUUCUUCUUCUUCUGAAACAGUAUCAUCAGACCUCCUGCCACUGGUAAACGGCUGGGAGGAGCCACAGGAAGAGGGGGUGGAGACUGCCGAAGUCAUCGCUCAUCGAACAGGCGGAAUGAAGCUGUCCGCCACAGUCAUUUUUAACCCGCGGUCACCCAGCCUGUCCGACCUAGCUAUGGUCUUACCUCGUUCGGCUGAGGGUCCUACAGCCUCACAGGGCGGUGCUCUGGUGGCCACCCACUGCCUGCUGAACUCCUGCGUCUGCUGCACCGCCGGCUGCGUUGAUGGCCAUGAUGACCCUGUCGGAACAGAGUCUGCUGGAGGGGGCGGAGCUCUUGGCUUUGACAAACACAAGCUCACCAUCACCAGCUCUGUUAUCCAGUCAGCCGUGGGAGCUGGCAGUGGAGGGAAGGGAGACGGCCCUCUUCCCCUGCCCCCUCCUCCUGUCCCACAACUAGUGAAGGAUGAGGACGAUGAGCAGGAGAGAGUGGGCCUUUCCCAAUCCCCAUGCUGCGAGAAGUGCCUUGGCAGCAGCUUGAGCCCCACACCGUCCCAGUACAGAGACUCUGGAGACUUGGGGGAGACAGCAGACAAUUGCACCCAUCAGAACCGAGCCUGCAAAGGUGUAUCUAGCACUGCAGCAAAGGAAAAACAGUCCAAAGAAGACAUCAAAAUGAAAUCUAGUUUACAGGAAUCCCCUAUCAGUUCAGGCACCAGCAGUGACUGUGAGAGUGUAUCUGUCACCACAUGCAGUCUUUCCAGUGCAUACACCCCCAGCUCUAUCAGUAGUCUAACCACUAGCUCAGAGAUAUCAGAAGAUCUUGAUCACCAGGAAAUCCAGCUGGCCCUGCAUGCUGCCAAACUGGCUUCUCACAACAAAAUACGUUCACGUUUCCACAGCAGUAGUGAUCUCAUUCAUCGUCUAUUUGUCUGCAUAUCAGGUGUGGCCGAUCAGUUGCAAACAAACUAUGCAAGUGACCUGCGGAGCAUCCUGAAGACACUUUUUGAAGUCAUGGCAACAAAAUCUGAGCAGGGGGACAAUGAGAAGCAGAAAAAAGGGCCCACUCUGGGAAGUGGUGGAUUGGAAGACUGUGCACUCUGCCAGGAGACAAUUUCAUCAUCAGAGCUGGCAGCCAAAGCACGGGAUGGACAGUUUGAAGAUCCUCCUGAGUGGGUUCCAGAUGAGGCUUGUAACUCCUGCAUUGCUUGCAAAGCUCCGUUCACUGUCAUUCGGAGAAAGCACCACUGUAGGAGCUGUGGGAAGAUCUUUUGCUCUCGCUGCUCUUCACACUCUGCCCCAUUGCCCCGAUAUGGUCAGAUGAAACCUGUGAGAGUGUGCACUCACUGCUACAUGUUCCACGUCACGCCUUUCUACAGUGACAGGACUGGUGUCUGACAGUAACCCUCCCCUGCACCACCCUAACACCAUCACCCGUAGACAUAAGCACAUUACCACGGCGAGAGCUGGAUUGGUUUAGGAAGAGCUGCACACAUUUCUAUCCAAUUGCUGGGUUUGUGCUUAUGCACAGACAUGCACAUUUAUUUAAGAAAAAGAAAAGAACACUAUACAUGCGUACAUGUAAAUACAAAAAGCUAAAUCUGAAAACCAUAGGAGAAAGUCCAACAAAGCAACAACAAAUCAACAAGCAACAAAUCAGCCUUGAAUUACUGAUUUAAAACGACAUAACGACACUAAAUUUAUCUUAUUAAGCACAUAUUCGGAGACCCUUCUAUUGCUCUGGAGAUUUUUUACAGGGCUUUUGAAUCUGAACUCUUACUUUGCUGUUGUAAAAGAGCAUGAAAAAUGAACGGUGGAUUUUUAGUAUAUUUUGUAUAUAUAUAUAUAUAUAUAUAUAUAUAUAUAUAUAUAUAUAUAUAUAUAUAUAUAUAUAUAUAUAUAUAUAUAUAUAUAUACUAAUUUUCUCACCUGUGAACAGACAGGAUUUUAAGGUAAUGGUGGUGUGGCCACACAGUACCAGACCUUCCAUAGGGCUCAGAAUUCCUAACUGAAUGUAAACCUUGACAAACAUGUAAGCAACUGUGACAAGUAUGAAGACAAUAAUGUUAUGAACACUAUUUGCACCAUUGAUUAUGCCUGUGUGGUCAUCAUAGCACACUAAAGGUUUGUUUUAUUGUUAUUAUUGUGAUUAUCCAAAUGUUUUUUUUAUUUAACAAAUGAUGCUGCUCUCUGUAAUAUAGAAGUAAGGCUUUGGGAUAUGUGGAAAGGCCAAAAAAGGUUUAUGUAUAUAUGCUGAACUUCAUAAAGUUAUUUUAUGUAUCUGAUCAAACAGAUGAUUCUUUUGUGCCCUUAAUGGCAAUGAAUGUGUAACACUGUAGACUUGGAUGCUUUUCUUUCUGAUAACAUCUACUGAACUGGAAACAAAUUGCCUUUUUACA